AUGAGGACUAGAUUUGCUAAAACAGUGACUAAGGGAGCUAAAGAAACAAUGGAGAAAUUCAAGACUGAACUUGAGUCAUCCUAGUAUGCUAAGUCUCUGACAGCAAACAAUUUCGCACUACCCCCAGUUUUCCAGAAGAAGGAGAUGCGUAUUCAGCUUCUAGAAAUCAAAGGAAAGCUUGAAUUCGAUGCUAAUAAAUAUCACAAUCAACGAUAUAAUGACUUAUUGAAAAAGGUUGUUAACUACAGAGUUGAGUUCCAAAAGAUGAAGGAUUCCAGUGCCAGAAAAGAACUUGCUAAAGAAGAGUUUGAUGCCUGGAUGUAUUAUCUAAAUGGAAGAAAACAAGACAUGCCAAUGCCUGAUUACGAUAUCAAUUAAAAAGACCUAAGCUUGCUUAAAGAAAACUUUGAUAGAUUUAAGGAUAGAAAAACUCACAGAAUUGCUAGCGAUCAAAUGACUGAUUUCCAUCAUAACUUUGCAAAGAAAUUCAAGUUUACUGUCCCCGUACAUCCUAAGAAUUUGCAAUAAAUGAUUCAUCCACAUUUUGGCUACCUCACAAGCUUCAAGAAUAGAGGUUUCACAUUCGAGGAACUAGAAUCUCUAUACAGAAAUCAAAUAGUCUCUUCUUAUGAGAGAUUCUUAGGUUAGGAGCUUCUUGCUGAUGAAUUAUCUUGCCUAAGCUACUGGCUAUUAGUUGAUGAUAAUAAAAAGGGCUAUUUCAACUUAAACGAACUUGAAAAAUUAUUACAAGUAAUCAAUAACUAGUCUUAAUAAUUUUUACAGGGCUUUAGAUUUGAAAUUGAUGAGUUCAACUUGGCUAAUUUCCAAAAGGAAUUUAAAACUCUUCUAAAAGUUAAUCCAGGAGAAGUCAGAUAAUACGAGAAUGAGGAUGAUCAAGUUUUUAGAUUCGAUUUAUUAAGAUAGAUAUAUCUAGAGAGAGGAUUAUGA